AUGGUGCGCAUGAGCGUGUUGGCCGACUGCCUCAAGACGAUGUACAACGCUGAGAAGCGUGGCAAGCGCCAGGUGCUCAUCCGCCCGAGCUCGAAGGUGAUUGUCAAGUUCUUGCAGGUCAUGCAGAAGAACGGCUACAUUGGCGAGUUUGAGAUCGUCGACGACCACCGCGCCGGCAAGAUCGUGGUGGAGCUGAGGGGUCGCAUCAACAAGUGCGGCGUCAUCUCGCCCCGCUUCGACUUGAAGCUGGCCGACUAUGAGAAGUGGAUCAACAACCUGCUGCCUUCGCGUCAGUUCGGUCACAUUGUGGUGAGCACCACGUACGGCAUCAUGGACCACCACGAAGCCCGCCGCAAACACACGGGUGGCAAGAUCAUUGGCUUCUUCUACUAG